CCCAGGGCGGGUCGCGGCCGGCACAGCGCAGCCCCGAGGGCACGGGGCCUUCGGACACGUUUCCGGGCCUUCGGACACGUUUCCGGGCCAUCGUUCCUUCCGCCCGCCCGCUCACCGAGGUUACCUUCCCAAGUGACAUCGUAGAGCUCCGAGACCUUCGCCAUCUUCCCGGAACCUGCAGGUGUGGAACAUGAACACCAUAUAAACCCUCAGAGCCUCCCAGUCCCGGCACAAAACCUCCUCGAGCCAAGAUUCAGGGUCUGGAGGAGGGUCAAAAGAUUCACUUCUGAAGAGGUGGAGAAGCAGUCACUUCUUACCUCAAAGAACACCAUGCCACUGCCCUGUGUUUGGAGAAACGCAGAGCUUCUCGCUGUCGAGCGGGACCUGGUGAUUCAUCCAAGGUCAGUGCCGGCAGUUGAGGGAGGAGCUCCAGCAGCUCCUGAGGCAGCCUUCACUUUGCCCCCAGGGCCUGCACACACUGGAGGGGGACAGUCUGCUCCUGAGAACAAGACACCUGCCCUGCCGAAGCUGUGUUUCCUGGAAGCUUGCCUGGCUUCUCCAGCUGGGGAGUUUCGAAGACUCAUGAAGCAACACUUCCUGAAACUGAAACUUCUUCACCAGAGGCCGGUGGCCAGUUUCCCUGGGCGUGCGAGGGUCACCGCGCAUUGGGCCCCGGGGACGGCACCCUUGAUCCAUCUGCCUGGCACCGGGUCGGUGAAUGGUGAGUCAGCUGUUUUCAAGCCUUCGGGAAAGCAGAGCCAUCGCUAUGAGGACAUGGAGAGAAGAGCUCCAUGCUGCUGCAAUGCAGCCCUGACAACGGACGGCAGAGCGGCCGGCAGCCCCACCUCGCCCGUCCCGGGCCGUGGUCCGGGUGAGGACCAGUUUCUGAAUCCGCCUCGGACCGCCACCGAUCUAUGCCACUCCCUCUUUUAUGUACUUUCAGCCGUAACUUCCUUGAUACCGUUAGCAGCAGGGAAAAGAAAGCCUCAGUUUUUACACGUCAAAGCAUGAUAUUCUGUUAUAAAAUAAUUUUGCAGGUAACUUUUCCAACUGAAACGUUGCUUCUUAAUAAAUCAGUAAAUAAUGCAAUAUGUAUAUACACAAAUAAAAAAUC